GGUUGGAGGUUGCAUGUACAUGUGUGGAAAGUGCUUGGUCUGGAGAGACAGCUAGACGUCUUUGCUACUAUGUUUCCAGUUCACUGUGGAGAGAGCCAUUCCCGUACAGAGCGAGCUGCCUGGCUGCGUGAGCAAUACACUCCAUCUGAUGUGGACUCAGUUCCCGUCUGGAAAGUUCAACAAGAUGUACGCCACCGCUUUGGUGAAGUGUUGAGUGACAAAGAAAUAGGGCUCAUAGUGUUCACAGCAUUUCCCCAAUGUACUAGACGCAAGAAGAAAGGUCAAUCUAGGGAAUACUACUAUGUUGGUUUCAAACCUGCAGUUCACCAGCACUUUGUUCAACAACUGGCACCCACAGAAGUAUCAACUAGCGUCCCUACAACACCAGACAUUAACUGGGAAGCAGUGACCUUAGUUGAACAACUGGUACCCACAGAAGUAUCAACUAGCGUCCCUACAACACCAGACAUUAACUGGGAAGCAGUGACCUUAUGUCUUAUUUCUGAGAUGGAGUCCCUGAUUCGGGCAAAAGACCCAACUGUUAUCCAAGGUCCAACUACUGAGGAUGCCAUAGGAAAGUUUUCACUCAGUAGUUUGGCAUUACAAAUGAGAAGGGAAGCACCACACCUGUAUGACUUGCUCAUUGCAGUUAUACUUCCUCCAUUACGAUAUGAUACCUCAAAUGAACCAACCAACACCAUAAAAGAUGCAGAAAAGGGGGCAACUCUUUCCCUGUCAAUGCUACUAAAGCACAGGUCUAACAAAGCAAUGGCAAUUCCACUGAUGAUGACUAUGAUGAUGAUUGGAAGGGGGACUAACCGACAGGUGAUACAUGACCUAAACCAUCUAGGAGUUGCUGCCUCCUACGAUCAAGGUUGGCGAUAUCUGGAAGGCAUAGCAGAAGAACAAAGAAAAGUGAAAGAAAUAUGCAAGGGACCAUGCCUGUGGGUUUACGACAACCUCAACAUAACAAAAAAUGUAGCACACCAAAGAAAGGAAGAUCAGACUAAAAUGUGGAACAUGACCACAAGACUAGUAAUCCAAAUUGAUGACAUUCCAGCCGAUCAGCCAACAGCCACAGCAACAAAGAGGCGACAAGACCUGAAAGAAGAAGAUAUUCUGCCAUCUUCAAAAGAUGCUGAUGAAAUCUACGAAAAUGCUACGUCCUACCUCAUGUUCUUCUUGACAAGCAAAUUUGAUUACCUCCAACAUCUGACAAGUGUGUGUCCACGUCCUGUGCCCUACAAGACACCAACAAAAGCAGUAGUUGCACCACUCGAGAUAUUAGAUAUUAGCGAAGGAAGUACGGAUGGCAACAUUCAAGUCUUAGAAAACUUUGCACGAGACACAGAAAAGUCAGAAACAACACCGGUUCCAAUUGUAGGUGACCAACUGACCUGCAAGAAUAUCAGAGGGGCUAGAAGGCUUCGUUUACCUGAAACACAAGAACUUCACAAGCUUACUUGGGCAAAAGAGUCACCAGGAGACUUUCACUUCACUUGGGAAUGCCUCACUGUUUGUAUACAAACUCUCUGGGGUUCAGCAAUAGCUAUCGGUACCCUGAAACACCUUCAAGACAUUGUGCAUCGAACUUCAGUUGAUAAGAACGUGAAAAAAUUUAGACCUGCUGACGAAUUUUUGACUCAUGCCUUUGAAGCUCAUCUUAUAGCAGCAAUAUGUAAACAUUUUGGAAUUCAAAAGAAAUCUGAUCCCAUACCUCAUCCCAAGAAUAUCGAAUUUGACUGGCUCAGGAAAAAUGCAGAAGAGAUAUUAUCAAAAACUAUUGCCAUCAAAGAUGUUCAGUAUCCGGACACAGACGACGAAGAUGAGAUCUACAUGUACCAUAGAACUCUACUGCGCAUGGGGUAUCUCUAUACCAAUCUAAGACAAGCUAUCAGGUAUGAGAACGGGCCUGAAAUUAUACGGAUGUGGCGUACCUUCUUGUUGUAUUUCCUGGGAGCUGGCAAGUCCAACUAUGCGUCAGAGGCUGCUAACCUGCUCGCAAACCUGGCAGCCGACUGGCCGACUCAAGUAGCCUACAUUCACACCCACCAUCGAACGGUCAACACUGCAGGAAAAGCAGGCCACGGAAAGCCUGUUGAUCAACUCAUUGAACAUUACAACUUAAUCGUCAAAAAUGCAGUAAGAUCAGCGGGACCUAAUCUCACAAAGAAACACUUGGCAGUUGUCUCAAGAUCAGCCUUUGCUCUCUAUGAAGCCACGCAAAUGGCAGAUACUACACUAGGCCGACAAGUAGAAAAAUACCAUUCAGUGAGAUCUCCUGAUGGUGACAUAAACGACAUGGUAGAGGUGCUCUUGGCCGAAGAAGUUGUAACAGAAAAAAGUGGGCGGCGUUUAGUGGACUGUAAGUUUUCAGAUCCUCGUAGAUUAGGCAUUUGGAAGAAGGAGGCAGGAUGGAUCACAAAAUUCCUUGCUAAAACGAGCAAAGACGAAGAACGUAGUGACGAACAAGCACAGGAAUGCCGGGAAGUAGAGGACCCGGAUGAUAUAGAGUUAUUUUAGUAGCUAGCUAUAGGCUACUUUUCUUGACUCUCUCUGACGUUUUGGUGGCUUUUAAAAAAGCCGGUUAUGUAGAGAUUAGAGAUUCUUGAUAAGGUGAUUUCUGUACAUUAUAUACAUUGAAUUCGAAGUAACUUGUAGGAGGAAUUACUAACUCUAGGACUUGUCAUUGUGUGGGAAAUUGGA